ACAACCUCCGCGUCACUCCCUAACCCUGCCCCAUCAGAGCGCUUCGCACCUCCUGAAAGACAACCGAGGCGGUCGAGGCAUACUAAGGUGAGGCGCAGUCAAUCCAGGCGGCAAAGCCCUAGCCAACGGCAGAGACAAAAAGGACAGUCACUGCACGCGACGACUCAGCAGAAUCAUCGUCCUUGGGUCGUCCUUUCAUUCUGCGCAAAAGCCUGCACACCUCCCUCUAUCCUCAUGUCGCUUCUCCUCCUCAUGUCUACAGAAACCCCAACAACGUCAACAGGGCUAUCCCCUUCGUGGCGCCCCUGGUCUCGAAGAAGCAGCAGAACGCCCGUACCGGAAUUUGCGGAUGCGAAAACUGGAGCGCUGCUCGUGCCGAAGCCAACGUCAAAAUCUACCGACAGCGAUGAAUCGCGCUCAAUAGGCUCCAACGCCUCCCGCGGUCGGAGGCUAAUCCAGCAAAUUGGUAACAGACUAAGGUCUUCCUCUAGGGCCUCGAGCACUGGGCUAGAGGCCGAGCCGCUCGGCGAGAAGGAAUUCAAGCAAGUGGAUAGCUGGCUCGAUGCUUUCGACAAGUACAACCAGCUCGUCACGAACCAAGUCUCCCGGGAUCCUUCAUACCCCCCGGAGAAGUUCGCAAAACUAUGCGAAAUUCUCACCAAAAAGUGCGAGGGCGGCGGAUUCGUGCACGGACUUCCAGAAGCUUUAUUCGACCUCGCCCUCCUGUGGUGCCCGGCUGAGCGCCAAAUAAGGAAAGAGGUCAGCACCAAAGAGCCGUCGUGGAGCUGGACAGGCUGGAAAGGCGCAGUCAAUUUCCCCUUCGACCCAACCAAUUGCCCUGAUGUUCGCCAACUUACGGGCAACUUCUUCAAAUCAGAGAUCGCCAGAUUCAACAUUGGACCUGAAGACCGUCCCUACACCCUUCGGCGCGAGACGAGAAGAGUGCGGAUACAGUAUCCAUACGACCCCGCAGCCGAGGGAUCCGAUCGCAAUACCAAUUCCAAUACGCUCCGAUUCAAGGCCCACGUAAUAUCGGCCGAUAGCUUCACGGCCCAUCAACUUGGUGACGAGAACAAUAAGGAUAUUGCCUGCUCGGAACUCGUCGAUUAUCAGGGUCAUCAUUGCGGAAACAUCAUGGAUUAUAAGGAACUGUUCGGUAGGCCAACCAACAAACCAGGACCCUUUCAAUUCGUCCUGCUAUCCCGGAAUCGUCACUGUGAGCCUGCCACGGUCACCCGGAAGCCCGUUGCCUCCACCAUCCAUCCUCCCGGAACUCCUAUGUGGGAUGGCGAGCGCUUUCUCUGGGACAAGCAGCUUGAGGAGUUUGACGCCAACAUCUUCGAGGACGGAGAGUGGAAGAUGUUGAACGUAAUGUUAAUACAGUGGCAAGAGGAAGGUUACUUCGAGCGAGUUGCUAUCGCAAGGAUGCACGAAGAUGCCUGGAAGGCGCAGAAUCCCGUCAGGAAGGACAUAGUCCUACGAUGAUUGCUAGUGGAUUUCUUCCUUUGCUUCCUUCAAGUUGUAUUACUACUUCUAUUUCUGUAACGAUUUUCCUACGAGUUGAUGACUACACUACGGCGUCCCAGGCGACACAGGGCCUUGAACUCCCCAGCGGUUUCCUAAUUUCUCUAGUUUUCAAGGAAUGAGGGAGGACAUUGGGAUAUUGGCGAUUCUUUUUUUUACUUGUACGAUACCAUACUGGCCCCAUUCAAGGAAGGCCACCUUUUCUCUAUCUCAUCUGUAGCUAACUAAGAUUCAAUCAUUAAUUCCAACCCA